AUGCCUCUGAUUUUAUAAAUAAUCACUCGAGCGCUUUAGGCAACGAGGUAAAUGCAUUGACUUAUAAGAUCAAAAUUGACGUCGACACUACCUUUUGGCAGAAGUUUUGAAAGCUCUUGAUAUGGAAUCAGAGUUGGUUUGCAAUCACAAAAAGUGCAGAAAAAGAGUAGAAGCAUAUGCUUGGAUAACAUCUUGUUCACAUAUUUUUUGUGAUGAAGAUGGGGUACGAGAAUUUAAGAACAAUGCAACAUGUCCAGCUUGCUCUACAGAUUUAUCAGACAAAUUGGAUAUCAUUCGAAUUGAAGUCAAUCCCUCUGAAAAAUACAAAUCUAUGGUGUUAGCAGGAAAGCGGCCAGAAAUAAUAAUGGAGAUCUGCUCUAGAGCAAUGUCAUUUUGGUCUUAUCAGAUUCAUCAAGAAAGAGUUUACCAAGAGUAUGUAGGAGCCAAAGCCAAAGAGAGAGCAGCACAGUUGGAGCAAUAUUAUGAACAAGUGAUUUCUCGUACCUCAGCUGAAUUGAAUUCGCUAAAAUCACAACUAACAGUAACUAAAAAAGAUUUGGAGAGCGUCAAGAAAAAGUAUCAUGAUGCAAGCGAAAAGGUUGCUGAAAAAUACAGACAAUACCAAAAGCUACAAUCGAUGUACGAUGCUUUGAAAAGGAAGUGCAUAACACCAUCGUCUUUUGGGGGCGGAGAAACGGUAUGCAAUGACAGAGCUAGAAACGCUCUCUCCACCUUUACCAUACCGAUAGGUUCCGAUCACGGCAUCGGUUCUUCUCAUGCCGGUAGCGCAUCAAACAGCAAAAGAAAUUCACCAGAGGCAAGUCGGGAAGCUCCAUUCUCGUUCCGACCGACUGAUACACCAGUUCUUGCCCAUGGUCAUCAACAAACCAAAAACGGCCGCCAUUCACAGCAGCCAGUGAACAAGAACCUGUUUGACUUGGACUUUCCCACACAUUAA